ACGUUUCAUCACAGAUGAAAUUCGUUGGUCAAUGUUUCAUUUAUUAUGCUCCAAAAGCAACUUUAGAAAUAUGUGUUUUUCAGUCUUUAUUUAAAGGAAUUUAUAAAACAAUCUUCUAUCGCCUGUAAAUGUUCCUGCUUUCCAUUUCGCCUCACAGUUUAGCCUCUCUAGAGGCAGGAAAACGUCUUCAUUUAAUAAACUUCCCAGUUUUUGGAGCCAGUUUGUGAUAAAAUCAGAUCCUGGAGUUAAGAUGGCUGCUGGGCGUUUCUUCCUGGGAAUGUGUGCAGCCUCUCCCCCUCCACUCUCCCUCCAUCCUAAUCCAUGAAGGGAAUUGAUGGCAUUAGAGCCGCUCGCCUGUCAAUGGAGCAGGGCGAGGCUCUGCGCAUGCGCGGUGCGGACCCUCCCAGUGCGGGCUGCGCCUCCUUUCUGCUCUUGUCUGGUUCCGCGUUGGGAAGGUAACGGGUCUCGGCGCGCCGGUGGAGAGCUGGGUUCGGCUGUCAGGGUUCGGGUCUGAACUUCCGAGGCGGUUUGGGUCGCUCCAGGUUCGGCUGUUUCCGCUCCCUUUAAGAGGCUGCACGCUGAUAAUCCGCACUCCUCCGUCUCCACAAGAAAUCAACAAAAAUCUCCCCCAAAACGAGCAGGAGCGCCGGGAAAGAUGUCCGGAUACCAGGGCAAGAAGAACAUCCCCCGCAUCACAAGUGACCGUCUCUUGAUCAAAGGAGCGAAGAUCGUGAACGAUGACCAGUCGUUCUGUGCUGACAUCUACAUGGAGGAUGGCGUCAUUAAACAAAUCGGAGAGAACCUCAUCGUUCCCGGCGGGGUGAAGACCAUCGACGCCCACGGUCGCAUGCUGAUGCCCGGCGGCAUCGACGUGCACACCCGCUUCCAGAUGCCCGACCGGGGCAUGACGGCGGCCGAUGACUUCUACCAGGGAACCAAGGCGGCGCUGGCCGGCGGCACCACGAUGAUCAUUGACCAUGUGGUUCCCGAGCCCGGCGUCAGCCUCAUGUCCGCCUUCGAGCAGUGGCACGAAUGGGCUGACGGCAAGUCCUGCUGCGACUACUCGCUGCACGUCGACAUCACCGAGUGGCACAAGGGGAUCCAGGAGGAGAUGGAGACGCUGGUGAAGGAUCACGGUGUCAACUCUUUCCUGGUCUACUUGGCGUAUAAAGAUAUUUUCCAGCUUACUGAUGCUCAGGUGUACGAGGUGUUCAGCGUGAUCCGCGAUCUGGGAGCCAUUGCCCAGGUUCACGCCGAGAACGGGGACAUCGUUGCUGAGGAGCAGAGGCGGAUCUUGGAGCAGGGGAUCACCGGACCUGAAGGACACGUGUUGAGCCAUCCAGAGGAGGUGGAAGCGGAAGCUGUGAACCGCGCAGUGACGGUGGCCAAUCAGACGAACUGCCCGCUGUACGUUACCAAGGUGAUGAGCAAGAGCGCUGCUGAUGUCAUCGCCCAGGCUAGGAAGAAGGGCACUGUGGUCUAUGGAGAGCCGAUCACGGCCAGCCUGGGGACAGACGGGUCACACUACUGGAGUAAGAACUGGGCCAAGGCUGCGGCUUAUGUCACGUCCCCACCGCUGAGUCCUGACCCGGCCACUCCGGACUAUCUCAACUCCCUGCUGUCCUGUGGCGACCUGCAGGUGACAGGAAGUGCGCACUGUCCCUUUAACACGGCCCAGCGUGCUGUGGGGAAAGAUGACUUCACCUUGAUUCCUGAGGGUGUCAAUGGCACAGAGGAGAGGAUGUCAAUCAUCUGGGACAAAUGUGUGGUGACUGGUAAGAUGGAUGAAAACCAGUUUGUAGCCGUCACCAGCACCAACGCAGCCAAGAUUUUCAACCUGUACCCCCGCAAGGGCCGCAUCGCAGUGGGUUCGGAUGCGGACCUGGUGCUCUGGGACCCGGACGUCACGAAGAUCAUCUCUGCCAAGAGCCACAACUCCACCGUGGAGUACAACAUCUUUGAAGGCCUGGAGGUGCGCGGCGGACCUCUGGUGGUCAUCAGUCAGGGAAAGAUUGUUUUGGAGGAGGGGACUCUCCACGCCACUGAGGGCUCAGGACGCUUCGUGGCCCGUAAACCUUUCCCCGACUACGUCUACAAGAGGAUAAAGGCUCGCAGCAGGCUGGCUGAGCUGAGGGGUGUGCCUAGAGGACUGUACGACGGACCGGUGUGCGAGGUAUCCGUCACUCCUAAAACCAUGACCCCCGUCUCUUCUGCGAAGACCUCACCUGCCAAACAACCCAACCAGCCUGUCCGCAACCUGCACCAGUCUGGCUUUAGCCUGUCCGGUGCUCAGAUUGACGACAACGUUCCACGCAGGAACACCCAGCGCAUUGUGGCGCCCCCAGGUGGCAGGGCCAACAUCACCAGCCUGGGUUAAAGCUCCGCCUCACCAACCCUGACCCUUGACCCUGCCUAGGAGGAAAUUUGUCAAAGGAUAGCAUUCAGCCGGUGAGAUCAAGUCGAGAGGAGCCGAACCUUUCACUGCGCCUCACUGUUGAUCCCGGCACUUCCUCCUAUGCAGUUUUUCUCACCUACCAACUUUCCUGUUUCCCCAGCCUCUAUUGGACACAGUUAGAAAUAAAUAGAAAGCAAACAUAAAGGAAGAAAGAGAAAAAAAUAACACUGCUUUUUGAGCACUUUUGACUGCAUUGUUUUGGUUUUUUAUAUAUAUUGUUCUUACUUUAUUCCAUUUUUCCUUUUUAUCUUUUUGCUUUGCAGUUUUUGUUGGGGGUUCAUGUGAGUCAGUUAGGACAAAAAAGGCUGUGUUUAUGCAAGAUACUGUAUUUCAGUUCAUUUCUUUUACUUUUUGUUUUGUUUUGGUUGUAGCUAAAAUGAAUGGGUACCAAAUUGAUCAGUCUUACAGUGUUGCAGCAGUAAGGUCAAGAAUCUCAAAUUCUGUUGAUAAUUUACAAUGAAUGCUGCCUUAAGAGUUGAAAUAAUUAAAGAGAUUUUGUAAAUCUUGUUUUUUGUUUGUUUUGCAGUGUAUCUGUGGCAUGUGAUGGUUGGAAAACCGUCAGGUUUCAUUUCUGUUUUCAGUCAUAAUUGCAUUGCAGAAUUGGUGGUUGAGAAGUUUUAUUUUGUCAGACUUUGCCUUUCCAUGCCUUAUUGUCUCUUUACAUCCUUUUAGUGAGAUCUGUCCCGCCUGGGAAGUGACUGAUUUUCCACCUUGUUUGCAUUCCUGAGUCACAAAGGUUCAAAUUUCACAGCCGUCCUCCACCAACCAACCAACUGCUGCUUUAGCAUACAGACUGUUUUCUACUCAUCGAAAACUCUCCUUCAUUUCCACUUUUUUAUGUGCCUGAACAAACAGACGUUGUACUGAUAUUUUGAUUUUGUUCUGUUCUUUUUUAUUUGUUGUUGAAGUAAGUGAAGGAUGUAAGAUAAAAAAAAUGUAAAAUAGCCAGGAUUAACCGAUUCAAAGGUGCCAGAUUUUUGUGCUUUCGUAGGGGCUUUUCAGCUCGAUUGAGCCCUACGCAAAGGAAAAGCGAGAUCGAUAUCUUGAAAUGUUCUAAUGUUUUAGAGUUUUUACCUUGUUGUCAAACUGCUUUUUAGUGUUAUUCUGUAACUAGGUGCCUAAGGGCUGAGCACUAUUGAUUUACGCUUGAACAUAGACAUGAGCUAACGUAGUUCUGACUGAUAUUUAGUGUUGAUGCGGAUGAGGGAUGGGACACCUACAGGAGGCGCCUGCUAAAAAUUAUUUUCAUUUUUCACCAAAUAUUAAGCUUUGGCUAAAUAUUUGCCACAUUAGCAUGAUGACAACUAAUGGUACCAUUAUAUGGUACCAUUAGCAGAUGGUAAUAUCCACUAGAGUGAAUACCAGCAUGCUAUUGUUAGCAUUCAUGCUAAUUAUGGGCUAUGAACAAUUAUGUGCUCAUUACAAAAGUGUAAUAACUAUUAUGCUAACACUAGUAUGCUAAUAUUGACAUCUACAUCUAAGUAUUAGGCUCAGCUAAUAUCUAGAUAUUAGAAUGUUAACAAAUAGCUAUAGUAUGGUAAUGUUCAAAGCUAAUAAUUGUCAUUUUCUUGCUUCCAAAAACAAGCUACUUCUGCUUUUGUUAGCAUCCUGAUUCAAAUCUAAAUCCACAACUUGGAGUUAAUUCUUGAAUAAAGUGGAUUAGCUUUGAAUGUAAUUUUUAAUUUAAAGAUUUCUUUUGAUAGACAAUUCAUGCAAGUCUCUCUUUAUGCUAGCAUACUAGUAGCUAAUGUUAGCAGGCUUGUGUUCACACCUAUUAAACUGUAAUUUUCAGUUUUGUUGGUCUAGGAUUUGAGAAAUAUUUAAAUGCAUAAAUUACAGGAUAAAAUGCAAAUUGUGAAUUACACUCAGGAACAGCAGGGUAAUAAUAUCCACUACUUAUUCAUUCAAAGUAGCUUAAGAAAAUGAACAAACGUUUGAAAUUUCAAUCAGUUCAUCAAUUAAGUCUAGGUUAAGCUUUUUAUUUUAAUCAUAUCGUCAAAGCAAAAGAUUUUAUUUGCACUGAAUGGCUUUAGCUUUAAUGCUAGCUAGUCUGUGCUCAUCUGGCCUGUGAACAGUAUUGAAUAAUAACACACUACUUUUCUCUCUUGGCAUCCGUUACAUGAAGCAUCAUCCUAUUUGCAAUGACUGGAAACCUUUUGAAAGCCCACUGUUUUUAAAGAUUUAUUAUGUAGUUGAGUUUGUUUAAAAACACAGUAACACGACUUGGCAGCCAACCGCUCUUUCACCCCCUUCCUCUGAACUUCUUCUCUCCCCACUCCUUUAGCUGUUGGCGACAAACCUCUAACCUCUGUUUGUCAUGGCAACUCGGCGCUAUUACCGACAACUCUGUGCUGACAUAUUUUUUGAAUUAAGUUGUUGUGUGGACUCCAGAUGGUUCUGAAAAGAUUCUGCAGGCUUAGAAGAAUUGACUUUGAUGCUAAAAAUGGCAAUCGUCUCCACCGGCGUCCUCAGUGUGUCUCAUGCCUCCUCCGUUUACACGCACAGUUUUACUCCUUUGAUGCUCUGUCAGCUUGGAUGCUUUCUUUCUAUGCCAUAUUAUGCUAACGCUAUAUGAGUGACAUGUAUGUACCCAACAUGCUGCAGACUGACAGGUUCUUCCUUCUGCUCUGAGGUUGUUGAUGCUGUUGAACGCCACCUUUCCCCCCCUGAGGCCCGUAGUCACCCCAAACCUCCUCCUCUGUAAGCUCUCCCCCUACUUUUUGUGAAAGUGAAACUGUGUGAUGGUGUUUGUCCUGGUGGCUGUAGGGUUUCUGGGAUGCUUGCUUGUUAUGACGAAAAGAUCAUGUGGACAGCGGAAAAUAAAAUAAACGAAACAAGGA